GUACGUGGUCCUGACAGCAAAGCAUCACGAAGGCUUCACUAAUUGGCCAAGUCCUGUGUCUUGGAACUGGAACUCUCAGGAUGUGGGGCCCCAUCGUGACUUGGUUGGUGAGUUGGGAGAUGAGGUGGUAGUAAAUGACCGAUGGGGUAUGAACUGCUCCUGCCGACAUGGAGGAUACUACAACUGCGAAGAUAAAUUCAAGCCUUCGAGCUUGCCAGAUCACAAGUGGGAGAUGUGCAGCACCAUAGACAAGCGCUCCUGGGGUUACCGUCGCAACAUGGUGAUAUCCGACGUUGCAGAUGAAGCCGAAAUCAUUUCGGAACUGGUUCAGACAGUAAGUUUGGGAGGAAACUAUCUUCUCAACAUCGGGCCAACCAAAGAUGGGCUGAUUGUUCCCAUCUUCCAAGAAAGGCUACUUGCUGUCGGGAAGUGGCUGAGCAUCAAUGGGGAGGCAAUCUAUGCCUCUAAACCAUGGAGGGUACAAUUGGAAAAGAAUACAUCUGUAUGGUAUACCUCAAAAGGAUCAGUUGUUUAUGCCAUUUUCCUACACUGGCCAGAAAAUGGAGUCUUAAACCUUAUAUCCCCCAAUGCUACCUCUACUGCACAGAUAACGAUGCUGGGAAUCCAAAAAGAUCUGAAGUGGUCCACAAAUCCACAAAAGGGUCUCCUCAUUUACCUGCCCCAGUUACCACCCUCUGCUCUCCCAGUUGAGUUUGCUUGGACUGUAAAGAUGACAGGAGUGGAGUGAUCAUUGGCGUUCAAGAGGAAAGAGACACUGCCUGCUAUGUGCUGCUUUGAUUUUCUUCUUACAGUACCAUCAUUGUAAUAAACUACUCUUUUCUACCCAGAGAUGGCUUUUCCAACACAUUUUAAUCAAAGGAACUGAGUGCAUUACUCUGAUGUGUCAGCAGAUCAAAGAGCUAAGAUCCAUUGCUAGCAUCUCUCUCUCUCUGAUCAGCAAAAGAAGGGACUGAACAGUUAAGUUCUGACCGCUCAUCCAUUCCUAACAAUGGAAAUUAUCUACAAUGGAACCUUCCCUCCAUUCUCUAUGAUAACCUGCUUGCUUAAUGACUGCAGAUAAAGAAUAAGCCAUGUCUCCUUGUUGCCUGUGGGAGGAGGUAUAAAGGGUUUGGCAAGCUCAACCACAUGCUGUUUAUUAGGAUCAGUUGUCACCAACACCCCCCAAACAGCAGGACAGCCUGGAGGGGAAGGAAAAGGCUUUCGGGGCUGCUAAUAGCUCGUCAGAAGUUUCCAAAGUAAACUCUGAAAUUCAGUCUGUGUAGAGUUAUACUGUGAAGAAAAUGGAUAUAAUUCUGCCCUGCUUUUUAAAAUAGUCAAAUAAAUUUGUAUGUUUAAUCAUUUCUACCAAGAA